AUGCAGCCUAUUGACGAGCAGAGGGAUUUUAACUAUCAAAAGCCUACCGACUUUUUCGGCGUCCGGCACAUUCAGUAUGUGAUGAUGUUCAUUAUUGUCAACAUAGCUUAUGGAACAAGGACCAUAUUAAGUAUUGCCAUAUUUCCUAUGACCAGGAAGUCAGUCGAUAACCAAGGGAUACCUUCGUAUCCAGAAUGGGAGGAGCACAAGAACAUAAUGCUCUCGUCGUUCUUUUGGGGCUACAUUUGCUUCCAAGUAGUGGCAGGCCAGUUCAUCAAAAAAUGGGGGCCCAAGUGGUUCUUCGGCGGUGCCAUGUUCAUAAAUGCCUUAUUUUGCGCUCUAGUCCCUCCAGUUGGUGCCGCGACCGGAUACAUCGGCGUUAUAGUCUGUCGAAUUAUCACAGGAUUGACUCAAGGAUUCAUGUUUCCAUCGGUGCAUUGUCUGAUCAGCUCGUGGACUGCUCCUCAGGAUAGAGCCAAAAUCGGGACAUUUGUUUACGCAGCUGGACCUUUGGGAAACGUAAUUGCUUUUCCUCUGGCAGGAUUGAUAUCAGAUUCGAGAUUCGGUUGGCCGGCAGUUUUCUAUUUAUACGGAGCUUUGGGUAUGCUAUGGGGUCUUGUGUAUUUCAUUGUCGGCUCAGACUGCCCGUCCAAACACAAAACCAUUACUUUAUCGGAGAGACAAUAUAUUGAACAACAACAGGUCGUUUCCGAUGAAAAAGAAGAAGUUCCAACGCCUUGGUUGCAUAUUUUCAUGUCACCGCCAUUUUGGGCCAUUCUGAUCGCUCAUUGCGGUCAAAAUUUCGGUUUUUGGACUCUGCUGACGGAGAUCCCAUCUUAUUUGAAGGAAAUUUUGCAAUUCGAUUUGAAGUCCAACAGCACGUUAUCAUCUCUACCUUAUUUAGUAAAUUGGAUAUUAAGUUUGUUCAUGGGACCGAUAGCGGAUUAUCUAAUAACCAAAGGUUAUGUAACAACUGGAACUAGCAGGAAAAUAUUCAAUAGCAUCGGCAUGUUUAUACCAGCAUUAUCCCUAAUAUGCUUAACUUUCGUGGGUUCUGAUAAACCAACGGCAGCUAUAUUUUUAUUAACUACAGCUGUAGGCUUCAAUUCAGCUAUUUAUUCUGGUUACAACGUGAAUCAUAUAGAUUUAUCGCCGAUACAUGCAGCUACUUUAAUGGCAUUGACCAACAGCAUAUCUAAUAUCUUCUCGCUGGUGUCCCCGCUCAUCGUGGAUCUCGUAGUUUUAAUUACGGGAUACCAAGAGACUGAAAGAGAAUUGUGGACUGUGGUAUUCUGCAUAGCCAGCUCCGUGUACUUAGCAAGUGGAAUAAUAUAUGAUAUUUUCGGAAGCGGGGAAACACAAUCGUGGAAUAAUCUAAAUGAAACAAAGAAUAAACCGCAAGAGCAGAAAUCCACUUACAACACAUUCGAAGACAUCAAAAUGGACAAAGUGCAAACGUGA